UCCGUGUCUAAGUUUAGCCACACCCAGGAGCGAGUUAGGCUUGGAGUGUGGGACAUGCGCAGGAUUUUUGCCCGUGAACUGGGAGGUGUUCCAGAGUAGGCUCCAUCUGCAAAGCUCUAGCAAUGGAGAGCAAAUACUUCUACUUCAACCUGGACUAUUAUGGGGUGAGCUUCUAUGAGGAAGAAAUAAUGACUGAAUCUCAGCAGAGGGCUACCACGGCAGCACCUCGUUGUCGCUUUGGAAGAGGAGUAAGAGUCCUGCAUGAGCUAGGCCAGGACGACCACCUGAGCUUUAAAUACAAGCAAAACUACAGCCAUGAGACAAGGAAGGAAACACAAGCCCAUCCCAUUGAGCCUUCAAAAGUAGCUGGAGCAGCUCCUCGUCGCUCCAACAACAAGCAAAUAAAACACCACAAGUUCACCCACGACCAAGUGUGUGAACUAGAGAAGGCUUUCCAAGAGACCCAGUAUCCUGAUGCGCUCCAAAGAAAAGCACUUGCAGAUCUUAUUCAUGUGGACGAAUGCAAGGUGAAGGCUUGGUUUAAAAAUAAGAGAGCUAAAUACAGGAAAAAACAUAAGGAGUUACUAGUCAGCAAUGCUACAUCUGGUACCUUGAACAACUUUCCUGCUCAGAUGAAUGAAGAUCCCAAGAGUAGAAAUACCUCUGUUCCUGAGGAGCCAAUAGGAUUCAUCGAGUGCCAGCAACAUCUUGGCAGAUCCUGCUGGUCAUAAAGAUAUUGUUUUGUCACAUAGAAUAACAAUAAAGAAGAU